AUGGAGAUCCCAGCGUGGAAGCAGGAAGUGAUUAUUAUGGAUUUUAUCACGGGAUUGCUCCGUUCUCAUCGCAAAUUUGAUUCUAUUUGGGUGAUCAUUGAUAGGUUAACAAAAUCAACCUGUUUCUUGCCUGUAAGAACCACCUAUGCUACUGAAGACUAUGCUAAAUUGUAUCUUAAGGAGAUUGUGCGUCUUCACAGCAUUCCUGUGUCCAUUAUUUCUGACAGAGGCGCUCAGUUUAUGGCAAAGUUCUGGAAAUCUUUUCAGGAAAGUCUUGGUACUCGAGUAAGUCUUAGUACAACUUUCUAUCCGCAGUCAGACGGCUACCAUGCCAGUAUCAAAAUUGCUCCGUACGAGGUUUUAUAUAGCAGAAAAUGUAGGUCUCCUGCUGAACUGCAAGCAGUUCAUCUAGUUUUUCAUGUAUCCAUGCUGAGAAAAUGUAUUGGAGACGCCUCCAAAAUCGUACCUGUUGAUGAUAUACAAGUUACGAAAAAUUUGACAUACGAGGAAGAACCAAUGGAUAUUCUCGACAGACAAAUCCGCAGGCUCAGAAACAAAUAUGUGGUUUCAGUAAAGGUUCUAUGGAGGAGUAAAGAUAGGGAAGAGAUGACGUGGAAAGAGGAAGCAGAAAUGAAGUCCAACUAUCCCCAUUUAUUCACUGCCAUAGAUGAUACCAUUCCGGAGGAUCCUUGCAAGAUUCUGCUUUACCCGCAAAUUAUUUAUAAGGAGAUUAGUAGUGCUCUGAUCACAAGAGAUACGUUGCUAAAGACCCGUAAAAAUUUGAAAAAUAUGAUUACCCCUCAGGUAUCAGCCGUGGUAAGUGUAGACCCUGGAGGAUUCACUUGGAUAUAUGAGAUCGUAUGCACAUAUCUUAUGGUUACGAGGUUUUAA